AAUAUCCCCGUUCUCAUCACUUUUAUCAACAAAAUGUAAAAUUUAUUUCAAAGUUUACAUCUCGGCAUCUCUGUUGUCGGUUUGACGUUCUCACUCAAUCAUUUUUGUUACAAACAUAAUUAAAACCACUAACAACAACACGUUUGUAAUUGAAAGUAAAGAGAAACGCGGAACCUUGAACUUCCUCAACUCUUGUGUCUUGCGAGGUUGCACUCUUUUCGGCGUAAAAAAGAUUUUCACAAAAGUUUUUUAUAUUUAGUAAAAGAGAAAAAAAAAUUAAACCAAAAAUAUAUCAAAAAUGCCAGCAAAAAGCAAAAUUAAUGUGAAAGAAAAAGUUGAGGAUAAUGUUUGCGAUUUAAGUUUGUCUGAAUUAAAGGAAGUUCCCGUUAGCGAAAUUGCUUCUUUCAAACGUGUUAAUGUUUUGGACUUGUCGAGCAACCGCCUCUUAACCUUGGGUAACAAUUUUACUUUAUUAACCCGUUUGGUGAAAUUGGAUUUAAGUAAAAAUAAAAUAAAAUCUUUACCUGAUGAAUUUGGUGUUUUGCGCAAUUUACGUCAUCUGAACCUUUACGACAAUCAACUGCAAUAUUUGCCCAUAACUUUUGGUGAUUUAAACAGUUUACGUUAUUUGGACCUUAAGUGUAAUCCGUUGCAUACAACAUUGGCGAAAGUAGUUGGCCCAUGUUUAACAAAUAAGGAUUGUCAAGAGUCAGCUAGAAAAACGGUAAAUUUCAUGACUCAAUUAAAAGCUAACAGCACGAAGGAAGAUUAUGUGAACAUACAUCAGCAGCAAACUCUAGCAUCGUUAAGUAAAGAGAUUAACGCCGACAAAACUAGUAACGAUAAGGCGGCAGGGGACAUUCACAAAUCAAAAAAGUCCACUAAGAAAUAUAAAUCAAAAAAGAAAGCAAAUUUCGAUAAUCAACAUCAAACCUCAGCAAUACCAACAACAAUUGGCACGAUAACAACGACAACGACAACAACAACAACAACAACGUUAUCAUCAUCAACAUCAGCAUCGGCCACAGCAUUAGGUAACAAUAAUAAUUUAACUAUAAGCAAAACUGCAAAAUCGAAACGUUCAGCUGAUGGCAUUUUAAAAGCUAAUACGAAUUCAAGUCGUAAUCAUGGUACUGCGUUGUCAACUUUAAUAAUAUUUUUAUUAUUGUUGGGCGUUAAUAUUGUUGUCAUUUAUAUGGUAAUGUUUAAAAAUCCGGAAAUUGCGGAAAAAUUAGUAGAAGCCAUACCGCAUCAGUACCGAAAUUUAAUAAUAACAAAAACGGAAAUUUUCCGUUUACGCGUUACCGACUGGAUUUCACAGUUUCGCACUCCACCGGAAGAGAAUUGACGUUUCAUCUAUUUGAAGCCAUAAGUGUUUAAACACAAAAAUGAAAAAAAACAAAAAAGACUGAAAAUAAAAUAAAAAACUGUCGGAUAGCAAUAGUACGGCAGGGUAGUAGUGGCUUCAAAUAGAAAAAAAAAAGUAGAAAAUACGAAAACAAAAAAGUUGAUGGAAACAUUAACAAGAAACGCAACCAAAGAAGUUUAAAAUUUUCUUAAAAAAAAAAAAAAAAAAACAACAGUAACAUUAGGAAUAGAAGAAAGAACUUACGUAGAGACUUUUUUUUUUUUAACUUUAACUGUAAACUGCCAUUAAA